AUGCGUGAUAUGAAUAAGUGGUCCGAAAUGAAGACAUUUUGGGCCGCAAUCCUAUUGGUGGCCGCAUUGGCCGACACGUGGUGUCCACUCGUGUCCGCCACUCAUCACCGAUACUCGAAGCGCGUGGAGAAGCGAUCGGUUCGGCCGACGAAGAGCUAUGAGUUUAAAGAGUCGGACGGAUCCGUUCAGGGGAUGACUGUCUUUCAAUUGGACAAAAGGAUCGCCGAAGAGGUGUUCAAAAUAGAGACACCGAACCGAUGGGUGACCGUUGACCAGAACGGAGCCGUCAAAGUGAAAGAGGUCUGGGAUUACGAACAGCUCGGGAAGGAGAAGACCAUCGACUUCUGGCGCCAGAGGAUUAUUGUCCACUUGAAGGAUGUGAACGACGAGAAUCCAUACUUCAUAAACAGACCGCUGCCGAUGCAGGCGGUCGUCCAACUGAACGCCCCGCCGGGCACUCCUGUGUUCAAACUGCAGGCACGCGAUCCCGACACCGAUCACAACAUUCACUACUUCUUGAUUAGAGAUCGAACCGGCGGACGGUUUGAAGUGGACGAACGCAGCGGCGAAGUCCGCACCCGCGGCACAGAAGCGUUUAUGUUAGACAAGGAAUACGUGCUGUACGUGAAGGCCGAGGACCACAACGGACCCACUGGUGAUCGACAGUUCCAGUCCACAAAAGAGGAGCGCCUGUCGAUUAUGGGCGGCAAAAGACCGCCACAAUUCUAUUUACCCCGAUAUGAGUCAACCAUUCCUGAGAAUCAGCGCAAAGAUUCCGACAUAAUUGAAGUGAAGGCCAAAUCGUUUGCCGAUCGAGACAUCAGAUAUACACUGCGAGCUCAGGGCAAAGGCGCCGGAACUUUCAAUAUCGGUCCGACCACUGGAAUCGUCAAACUCGCCAAAGAGCUCGACUACGAAGAGCUCAGACAACCGAAAACCUAUUCCCUGAUUGUGACGGCGACUGAAGAUUCCGGUGGUUUCUCCACAUCAGUCGAGUUGACCAUAAAAGUGACGGACGUUAACGACAACGCGCCUCGAUUUGAGUUACCCGACUAUCAGGCGCACAACAUCGACGAAGACAUACCUAUCGGCACUUCCAUUCUUCAGGUGUCCGCCAGUGAUUUGGAUACCGCAAAGAACGCCGAAAUUGUCUACUCUUUGGGUCGCGAAGAGUUCACUAUCGAUGAGAAGGGAAUCAUUUAUUCCAAUAAACGACUCGACGCCGACAUAAACAACACGUAUGUGUUGACAGUGAAGGCCACAGAUAGGGGCGAUCCGCCGAUGACGGGAACGGCAACCGUAAGGGUUUACACGGAAAACAAAAACGACGAAACGCCGAAAUUCAGUCAAGACGUGUACACACCUAAUGUGGACGAAAACGCCGGACCAAACACUUUAGUGACAACAGUAGUGGCCAGUGAUAAAGACGGCGAUAACAUUCACUUUGGGUUCGUCGGCGGCGGAACCACUUCCGGAAUGUUUACCAUUGAAGAGCGGACGGGAGUUAUACGACUGAUUCCCGGGGAGAUAGAGUUGGAUAAAGACAAAUACGAGUUGAAUGUGACGGCCAGGGAUGACGGCUCCUGCUGUAAAAACGGAGCGCUCACUACACACACGAGCACCGCAUUAGUGGUCGUAUUCAUCACUGAUGUGAACGAUAAUAAACCCAUUUUCGAAGAGUGCAGUCUAUACGACCCUAAAGUAGAAGAGGGCGCCCCCAGCGGUACACCCGUUGUCACAGUGAAGGCCACCGAUCAGGACAAGGGCCACAACGGACAGGUCCGCUACUCUAUCGUCCAACAGCCCAACCAAAAGGGAACCAAAUUCCUUGUGGACGAAGUGACCGGAGAAAUAAAGACCAACAAAGUGUUUGACCGCGAAGGAGAUGACGGCCGCUUCGUUAGUGUCACCGUUAAGGCUGUGGACAGGGGUUCGCCACCUUUAGAAGGCGUCUGUUCUUUUAAGGUUGAAAUAACUGAUAUCAACGAUAAUCCGCCGCUAUUUGAUCGACAAGAAUAUAAGGAGAAUGUAAAACAAGACACUCCUAUCGGCACUAAUAUACUACGAGUCUCGGCCUCUGACGAGGACGCGGACAAUAACGGCGCCAUUACUUACAACUUAACCGCUCCUAACGAGCGCUCAGACAUUGAUUAUUUCGCUAUAAACCCUGAGUCGGGUUGGAUUAUGCUUAAGAGACCACUCGAUAGAGAUCAGUAUCACUUGCGAGCCAUUGCCACAGACAAUGGGUUCCCACAACAUCGGGCGUCCGUAGAGAUAGUGAUCGAUGUGGUCGAUCGCGCCAACAACCCUCCCAUUUGGGAUCAACCCGUUUACGGACCCAUUUCUAUCCGUGAAAAUCUAGACGUCGGCCGAAAAGUGAUUUCAAUCAAAGCGCGUUCCGGUAUUCCCGACAAUCCCACAGUUUUCUACUCAUUAAUGAGAGGCGGAACCGAACAGACAAAUAAAAGGGACAGUUUUUACUUAAGUCAACGGCUGGACAACGGCUUGACGUGGGCUGACAUUCACGUCAAUUAUCCGCUCGAUUACGAAAAGAUACAACAAUACAACCUAACGGUUCGCGUCGAGAACAACGGCAUUCAACAGUUGGCCUCUGAGGCCACAGUUUAUAUAGUGCUCGAAGACGUGAACGACGAGAUCCCGCUCUUUAUUGAGAGAGAACAGGAGACUGUGUUGGAAGGUAUGCCUCCGGGAACUAAAGUAACGCAAGUGCAGGCCAUCGAUAGGGACGGCACGUAUCCCAACAAUAAAGUCUAUUACGGAAUCGAACCCAAGGAUGGAAGCGAUAAGUUCUUCUCCAUAGAUCGCGAAACGGGAGAAAUCUAUACGAAAGCCGAGUUCGAUAGGGAGGAGAAACAGGCGUACGCUAUACUCGUUCGGGCAGAGGAUGGCGGCCCCUCUGACAGGCCUAACAUGAAGCCCAAAGAACCCAAUUCUGUGACCAAAUAUAUCAGAAUAGGAAUCGGAGACAAGAACGACAAUCCGCCCUAUUUUGACCAACAGUUAUAUGAGGCAGAAGUGAACGAAGACGAAGACAUUCAGCACACAGUCAUCACCGUUACGGCCAAAGACAAGGAUGAAUCUUCUAAAAUCCGUUACGAGAUAACACGUGGUAAUCAGGGCGGAGCGUUUGCCGUGAAGAACGAGACGGGAGCCAUCUAUGUCGCCGGACCUCUCGAUUACGAGACCCGCAAAGAGUAUAAGCUCCGUUUGGUUGCUUCCGAUAACCUGAACGAGAACUACACGACUGUUGUCAUACACAUCAAAGACGUGAACGACAAUCCGCCGACCUUUGAUCGGCCCACUUAUGAGACACAGAUCACCGAAGAGGACGAUCGACACGUUCCCAAACGUAUACUACAGGUGACGGCAACCGACGGCGAUAGAGACCGUCCGCAGCAAAUAGUUUACUUCCUCACAGGUCAGGGCAUUGACGACGACGACCCGUCAAACAGCAAGUUUGCCAUCAAUACUACCACCGGAGAGAUAUAUGUGUUGCGACCGCUGGACCGCGAUCUGCCUACAGGUCGGUCGCAGUGGCGCUUCACUGUAUUCGCUGAGGACGAGGGCGGCAAUGGGUUAGUGGGUUAUGCAGAUGUGUUGGUCAAUCUGAAGGACAUCAACGACAACGCGCCCUUCUUUCCAUACUCUAUAUACACGGGUAAUGUGACCGAAAACGGAACGGCAGGCAUGACUGUCAUGACAAUGACGGCCACCGAUUACGACGACCCGAGCGAAGGACUUCACGCUAAACUCAAAUACUCUAUCGAACAAAAUCAAGUCAAUGAAAACGGAGAACUCAUUUUCACCAUCGAUGAGGAAACGGGUGUUAUUUCGACAGCCGUUUGCUGUUUAGAUCGCGAAACAAAUCCCGAAUACACUAUCAAAGUGGUGGCAAUGGAUGGCGGAGGGCUGAAAGGCACGGGAACCGCGACCAUCAAGAUUAAGGACAUCAAUGACAUGCCGCCCGAGUUUACUAAAAAGGAUUGGUUCGUCGAAGUGGACGAAACAGAAGGCGAUAGUCUGCCAGAAGUGCCCAUUUUAGUGGUGUCUGUCAAUGACGGAGAUUUACUCGAAACCAAUCGUUUCAGUUAUAAAGUGAUUGACAACGCGUUCGGUUCGGACAAGUUUACAAUGGUUACCAACUCUGACGGCACCGGUUCUCUCAAAGUGGCCAAACCUCUCGACUACGAAGACCUUCAACAGCGCUACGGAUUUAAUAUUACGAUAUCAGUGAGCGAUAACGGCGGCGAAUCGAUGGACGCCUAUCACGUGGAUUACGCCAAAGUGAACGUCAGGUUACGUGAUAUCAAUGAUAAUAAGCCCGAGUUUGAGAAACCAAACAUUGAAGUGACUGUUUUAGAGGACUCAAAGGAAGGCACAUCAUUGGCCACAUUCCUGGCCACCGACGCAGAUCAGGGCGGGAAGUCUCGCGUCAGUUACCAAAUCGAUCGCACGUCGGAUAAGCGCCGGCAGUUUGUUAUCGACCAAAACGGUGUCGUAAAGAUCCAGCGAAUGCUCGAUCGGGAAGAGACGCCAAGACAUCAGGUGAAGAUACUGGCCGUCGAUGACGGCGUGCCUCCGCGCACAGCAACCGCGACACUCACUGUAGUGGUCGGCGAUAUCAACGAUAACGCGCCGCGAUUUUUGAAGGAUUACAGACCCGUAAUAACUGAACACAACUCUCCCGGAAAGGUAGAGGAAAUCUUAGCCACCGAUGACGACGACAGGUCUAAAGGCAAUGGACCGCCCUUUACGUUCCGAAUGGAUCCCAACGCACCCGAUCUGAUUCGAAAGUUCUUUGACGUCCAACACGACCCCAAAGGGGCGAACGGCGACGGAAUGGCAAUCGUUCAGUCGAAGGAGAAGUUUGAUAGAGAGACUCAAAAGGAAUAUUUAGUUCCCAUUAUCAUCAAAGACAGCGGCUAUCCAUCGAUGACCGGAACGAGUACUUUAACGGUAAUAAUAGGUGACAUAAACGACAACCGGAUGCAUCCCGGCAGCAAACAUAUAUUCGUCUAUAACUUCAAAGGCCAAUCGCCGCCCACACAGAUCGGCAGAGUUCACGUCGAAGACCUCGACGACUGGGAUUUGCCCGACAAGACCUUCUUCUGGGAGGGAAAUAACGGCCACCCGUUGUUUGAUCUCAAUUCGGAUGACGGCAUGAUUACGAUGAAGAACGUAACGAACGGCGAAUAUCUGUUGAGAUUCAAUGUUUACGACCGAAAGCACACACAAGAAGUGCCCACAAACGUAACGGUUGUGGUGAAAGAGAUACCCGAAGAGGCCAUCUAUAACUCUGGAUCCAUACGAGUGGCCGGAAUCACGGCUGAAGACUUUAUUCGCGUUUGGAAUUACCAGCAACAGGUCCAGAAGCCAUCCAUGUACGACCGCUUUAGGUCCGUUUUGGCCCGAGUCUUGAAAGUGAAUGAAAACAAUUUGGAUGUCUUCAGUGUUAUCACUAAACAAGAGAGACCUCCGAUCACAGACAUCAGGUUCGCAGCGCACGGCUCUCCCUAUCAGAAGUCAGUCUUUCUCGACGGAGCCGUCAGUUUAAAUCGAAGAGUUAUUGAACACGAAGUCGGUAUUAAUAUAACAUUAGUUGGAAUCGAUGAGUGCCUCUUCGAGAACGUCCACUGCGAGAGCAGUUGCACUAAUGUUCUGGAGAUAAACCCGCAGCCAAUUGUGGUCAACGCUAAUCGAACUUCUUUUGUUGGCGUCAAUGUCUGGACAAAACCGAAGUGUGUUUGCGGUGCACGAGAUUUCAGUGAAGUGGAGACGUGUCGCAAAAUGCCUGCGCCCUGUCUUAACGGCGGCCGCUGUACCGACUCGUCGGUCGGCAUUCUCUGCAAGUGUCCCGAGGGUUAUGUCGGACCUCAAUGUCAAAUGCCUGUGCGUUCCUUCAGAGGCGACGGCUGGGCCUGGUUUUCACCCCUACAACAGUGUCAGGACUCGCAUCUUAGUCUCGAGUUUAUGACCAGAACACCGAGUGGUCUCAUCUUCUAUAACGGACCGAUUGUGGAGCCAGUGAUGGGAAUGCGAGCCAUAAGAGACUUUAUAUCACUUGAACUCUUUAGGGGCAAAAUUCGCUUUUUGAUAGACUUUGGUUCGGGAACCGCAGAACUGACACUCAAUCCAUCGGGUGAUCUGCACGACGGAGAGUGGCAUAAAAUUGACAGAAGUCGAUGCGAGAACAUCACCCGAAUUGUUGGCUUUAAUGAGUAUCUGAACGUGAAUUCUCCGCUUCAAAUCGGAGGCGUUCUUAUGGGACACAAACCGAUCGACAAUUAUUACGACUGGCAUUACUUGCCAUCGAAGGAAGGCUUCAACGGUUGCAUUAAGAACUUUGUCCACAACUCAAUGAUGUAUGACUUGGGAUCGCCGGGCAGUUCGGAGCGAAGCGAACCCGGAUGUCCUCCAUCUGACGAUCAGUGCAACACCAACUCGAUCACCAAGAAGUGUGGCUCUCACGGCCAGUGUUUGGGCACGUAUAACACGGCGCGGUGUGUCUGCGACAACGGCUGGUGGGGCGUCCGGUGCGACAAAGAGACCCAAUCGAAAAUGUUUCAACAGAGCUCUUACAUUAAGUACGCGCUGUCCUUCGAACCCGACCCCUACAAGACCGACAUCGAGCUUAUGUUCCGCACGCGUCAAAAACACGGCGAACUGUUCCGCGUGGCCUCAAAGCACGGCCGCGAGUACUGUGUCCUCGAAAUCAAAGACAAGAGACUUCGCUUUAAAUACAACUUAAAUAAUAUGAAAUCCUCUAAUGAACGCGAACUAUGGUUGCCGUAUGUCUUUGUCAGUGACGGUCAGUGGCAUAGCGUUCACGUGCAGCGCUUCGGCAGCACUGCGUCCAUAUCGCUGGACGGCGGCGGCGGCCGAAGGUUUAAUGAGUUAAUCGACUACGAGGGCUACCAUCAACUCCUUACGGUCGAGAAACAGAAUGUUCUCGCGGGCGGAGACGUCCAAUACGUCGGUCCCGGUGUCACUGUUGUUGACAAUGACUUCCAAGAGGGCUGUUUGAAUGAUAUACGUCUGGAUCACAGGUAUCUCCCGAUGGAAAAUGGAUCUGAAAACGCAGCUGUAGUCGAGUGGAGGAAUCUCUUAAAUGGUUGUCCAUCAAAUAACCCGUGCGAAGGCAUUCACUGCAACCAUCCAUUUGAAUGUUUGGACCUCUGGAUGAUCCACGAGUGCAGAUGUCCGGCCGGUUUUACUAAUACUAAUGACGGCAAGAACUGUACGGAUUUGAAUGAAUGCGAGGGAUUGAAUCCGUGUCAGAACGGGGGCUCGUGUAUGAACCUCGAGAAAGGACAGGGCUUUUACUGUGUCUGUCACGAAAACUUUUCCGGAGAGCUAUGCACUGCUAUGCGUGUGGGCAAAGUGGUCCAGUUGUCCAGCGCUGCCCUUAUGAUGAUUAUCAUAUGUCUCGUAAACAUUAUGAGUGAGAAAAUAUCUAUAAAGUAUUGCAUCCAAUUAUCAACAAUCAGUUGUCCGACUGGUCUACAAAUGACAGCCAAUAGACUCGGCUGUGAAGACAAAAACGAGUGCGAUUACCAUCCGUGCGGAAGAGGCGGCCAAUGCUUUAAUGUGGAGAGUGGGGGCGGCUAUUGGUGCGACUGUCCACUCGACGGCUAUCGAUGUGAUAACUGUAGCUGUGAUGACGGCCCUAUGGGGCCCUCCUAUGCCUCAAUAGGCUUAGGCGGCGAUGCCUUAGCUAUUAUUAUAUUAUCAAUAAUUUUCUAUUUAAUAUUGGUUUUGGUAAUAAUCGCUUACACACGAAGUCGUCGUCCGCACCACAAGUUUGGCAAUGAAAUGGAUGACGACAUCCGAGAGAAUAUCAUCACAUAUGACGACGAAGGCAUGUCUUAA